AUGUUUGCAGCUAGAUAUGAUGGAACAGUGCCUGUUAAAACCACUUUCAAUCCGAAGAGUCUGAUACGAAAGCGGAGGCAUCAGGAAGUUGAAGUUGAGGUGGGAGAGGACGAAGACGAUGAAGAGAGGGAACAACAACGGUCUGAAAAGUCGAGUUCAGAGGCAGAAAAGAACGAAGAUUUCGGGAUGGAGGAUGUGAUAGAGCAUGAUGAUAUUAUUGAAAAUGAACAAGUGAAAAUUACUGCUGAAAUUCAAGCGGAAACUCCAAGUGAAAAUGACGAGACAUUCUCUUCAAAGCAUGCCUCUGUGUUCAAAAGGUUCACGUCUAGUGUCCACCGGCGGCAGCAAGAUGGCUCACAAGAUGACAUACCAAUUAGCGAUGAUGAAGGCGUUGAAGCUAGUGUUCUGGGACCAAUCCCCCAGCCUGCUUUGCCAAAAGACACAAAGCUGAUGACUUCUACUACCCGGACACUUGACUGGCUCGCUGAACCGCAGUAUUCCAAGGUUGAGACGAUGAAACCAUUUGCAAAACUAGAGCCACCAAUAGAUGCUGGAAUUGUAAAGACUCUUGAAAAGGAAUUCGGGAUAUCAGAUGCCUUCAGUGUUCAGAUAUCGGUUAUUGAAACAUUACUUGCAGAUCAGAAGAAGAACAUACUAUCACCCAUUCCAAGGGGGGAUCUACUGGUGAACGCAGCCACAGGAUCUGGAAAAACUCUAGCAUAUUGUGUGCCGAUUGUUCAAGCGCUGAAGAACAGAAGAGUGCCCUCCAUCCGCGCAGUUAUUCUAGUUCCAACGCGGCCACUCAUCACACAGGUCUACUCGACACUUCUGAAACUCACCAAGGGAAUUGACCUGAAUAUAAUGGCAUUCAAAAACGAAGUCAGCGUUAAGGAUGAAGCGGAAAAACUGGUGGCUAUUUCAGGAAGACCAGACAUCGUGAUAUCGACUCCCGGUAGAGUUGUUGAGCACAUCCAGCAGAACCACAUGGAUCUCUCGCAGUUGCGAUAUCUGGUGGUAGACGAAGCAGAUAGAUUAUUGAACCAGUCUUUCCAGAACUGGUGUGAUAUUCUGAUAUCAGAAAUUGACCGUGCUUCUGCUCAAGAAAACAUUUCGCAGAGAUGGCGAUUAAAGUGCACCAAGAUGAUUUUUUCAGCUACGCUUACCACCGACUCUGGCAAAUUGUCUCAUCUCAAACUCUUUAACCCCCGUUUAUUGGUGGUAAACAGCUCAGAGGGAUUGGUCAAAGAACUUUAUCAGAUGCCACAUACUCUGGAAGAAAUGUACUUCCGUAUUCACGCCAGUCUCAACUUCUACAAGCCGUUGGUGCUGUUGAGGUUUCUGACAGACUUCGGUUCUGGAGACUUUACUAAAGCUGGGCUUGUUUUCGCUAAGUCAAAUGAAUCUGCAAUUAGACUAGCAAGACUUCUGGGCAUUGUGGCCGAGGAAUUUGGAAUUCCGACCAAAGUUGCGUCCGUCAACUCCACUCUCUCUAAUAGUGAGAGGCAGAAAAUCUUCAAGGCUUUUGCUAAUGGCGAUAUUGAUAUUCUGGUCUCCACAGACGUUUUGGCCCGUGGUAUGUCGCUUGACACGAUUCGUUUGGUUGUGAAUUACGAUCUGCCUCUUUCGACCAAGGAAUAUAUCCACAGAGUGGGUAGAACAGCCCGUGCCAACCAGGCAGGUGUGGGUCUGAGUAUCGUCGUAGGUGAUGGUGAGUUCAAGUGGUUCAAGAAGGUUGUUUAUGGUGGAGCUGUGAUCAACAGAAACAACAAGUCAGUCACGGAGAUCGCUGUUGUGAGAAACUUGGAAGAAAGUGAAGCCCAACCAAGAUUUGCACUUGACUUGACCUCUGAAGAUAAGGCUAGGUACGAGAAGUGUCUUCUUGCUCUGGAGAAAGAGGUUUUUCAGAGAUGA